UGGCAAGCGAACCGAACUCCCCAUCGAUUACAUACUGAUGAUGCCUGCGCGCGGUUCACUAUGAGUGCAUCGCGGUAGACAAUCCAUUCUUCUCUUUGAGUAGACUUAUCACGAAGCAAUCUCGGUGUAUGACAAACGUUUGCCUCCCGAGAAAUCGUUAGACGUGGCGGAGGCGCACACUAUCUGCCUACUUGCACGUCAUCGAGACACUUUGCAAUCAACCUUUCCCUGAGCAUCAGUACGAAAAUCAUCAUCCCGAAAGCACUUCUGGUGCAUAUAACUCCCCAGCAUGGCUUAUAAUGCCAUGAUGCUGCCGAACAUGGCAGCGACCACAACGGAGUUAUGGCCUUCGAUUACGAAUAUCGCCAUGGCUCCCUGGCGGCAUAUGACUUCAGUCACACCCAGUCGAUCGGUCCCUUCGAAGAAUGGCGUGGAACAGACAAAGGUGGCGGACGCUCAACGAGUGACCGAACUCCAAAUCCCCGAAUUCCUUCUACAAGUUGACUUUGGUUCCCUCUCUCGCUCACGAUUUUCUCCUAUGACACCGAUGACUGCUCAGACAACUCUUUCCAUCAUGGACCGUGUUGGCCUUCGAGCGGCCAACCCCAUUUUGCGACACCCUCAAUUUCAGCCCCGCGUAUUGACCCAGUCGUCUUUCCUACGCUCGUUUUCGCAAUCUUCUUCCGGUAUUCUCUCAUCUCCUCGUGGUAUCUCAACUCUCGGUGCAUUUUCUGUUCAGCGCAGAGCAUUCGGCAGCUCCAAUGGCAUUUCCCGCAACCAGCUGGCAACAUUGGAGGAAUCCGCCAAUCGAAAUCCCGGUAAUGCGAACGCGCAAAACGCUUUCUACCAGCUCCUUCUCCGUGCCAACAUGCCUGCUAUUCUUGUGGAACGAUAUCAAUCUGGACGCUUUGCCUCCAACGCUGCAACCAACGAUGCUUACCAGCGAGCCCUCACGAUGCUUGGUGUUAACGCUAACCAAGCUGCGAAUGCGCAAGGUGCUGUGAACGGAAACUUUGCUGGAACUCAAUGGCCAACUUAUGAGCAAGGCAUUGCCAACGCUGCUGUGGCUGGAUCCGCCAAUGGUGGUAAUCCUAUGGGCCACAAGGGUGAGCCCAUCCACGUUAUCGUUCAGGAGUCAACUCGGUCCACUAUCUUCCGCUGGUUCAAAUUUUUGGCCAUCUUCAUUGUGACCACCUAUCUCUGUUUCGCGCUUGUUACUAUUGCCAUCGAGGCAUUCAGUACUUUCCGUCGCGGUGGACCUAGCAGCAAGGCAGAUUCUGAGGUCAAGGCUGAGAAGCAAAAUACUCGGUUCAGCGAUGUUCACGGUUGUGAUGAAGCCAAAGAGGAACUCCAAGAAGUUGUAGAGUUUCUGAAGAAUCCCGAAAAGUUCAGCGAUCUUGGUGCUAAACUGCCCAAGGGCGUCCUCCUGGUUGGCCCUCCUGGUACUGGUAAGACGCUUCUUGCUCGAGCUGUUGCCGGCGAAGCCGGUGUUCCUUUUUUCUACAUGUCUGGUAGUGAGUUUGACGAGAUAUUCGUUGGCGUUGGUGCCAAGCGAGUCCGUGAGCUGUUCACCGCGGCUAAGAGCAAGUCCCCUGCCAUUGUUUUCAUCGACGAACUUGAUGCCAUUGGAGGCAAGCGAAACCCACGGGACCAAGCCCAUGCCAAGCAGACACUGAACCAGUUGCUUACCGAAUUGGAUGGCUUCGAUCAGGACAGCAAAAUUAUCAUUAUCGGAGCCACCAACUUGCCCAAAAUGCUCGACAAGGCCCUUACCCGACCUGGACGAUUUGACCGCCAUGUUAAUGUUGAACUGCCCGAUGUUCGUGGCCGUAUUGCCAUUCUCAAGCACCACGCCAAGAAGAUCAAGGUUGGACCUGAUGUUGACCUCGAAGCUAUUGCUGCUCGAUGCCCCGGUCGAUCUGGUGCCGAACUUGAGAACAUGCUGAACGUUGCCGCUCUCCGAGCCAGCCGAGCCAAGGCCAGUGUUGUUCGAAAGCAAGAUAUGGAAUGGGCCUACGACCGAGUCACCAUGGGUUCCGAACGCAAGUCAAUGGUUGUCACUGAGAAAGAGAAGGAGAUGACUGCUUAUCACGAGGCUGGCCAUGCGCUUGUUCAGCUUUUUGAUAAGGAGAGCUCAAACACUCUGUACAAGGUCACAAUCCUCCCCAAGGGUCCCUCGCUGGGCCACACCGCCCAACUUCCCCAGAUGGACAAGUAUUCUUACACAGCUGCUGAGUAUAUGUCAAAUAUCCGCGUCGCACUUGGAGGAAAGAUGGCUGAAGAGCUACGAUACGGUGACGACAAGGUGACAUCUGGUGUUUCAUCGGAUCUCGAGAGGGCCACCGACCUGAGCUUCAUGAUGGUGACACUCUUUGGCAUGUCUAGUGUUCUGGGACCUGUUGAAUAUGGCCGAAGAUACGAGAACCUCAGUUCGGAAACAAAGGCAGCAAUUGAAGGCGAGGUUCAGAGGACAAUACGAAAGUCGUACGAGGAUGUACGAAAACUGUUGACGGACAAGCGAAACGAACUCGACUUGUUAGCCAAGGCUCUUGUUAAGUACGAGACUUUGGACAAGGCCGAAGUGGAGAAGGUGAUUCGCGGUGAGAGCCUCCCUGGGCGUAUCAUCGCUCCUAAGGGACCCAUGACAUUGCCUAUCCCUCAGCAAGCCCCGACACCUCCUGGUCUCGGCGGCGUGACUCAUCCUCAACCUCCGGAGACACCUGCGCCACCAGCUGCAGCAGACACAUCAAACACUGAAGGGUGAGCUCCGAGUUUUGGUAGUGGAUAACACGCCAAGAUUGGGGUCAGAGAAGACGAAGAGGAUGCGAUGGGUAGUCCACGCCACAUGCAUUGUGUGACGCG